GCAGUUUGAUCUCCACUUCACCAUCAACAAUGCCGUCUCCAACAUUAUCUGCUCGAUUGUGUUUGGGAACCGGUUUGAGUACAGUGACGGUUGCUUUCAGGAGAUGUUGCGUUUGUUUGAUGAAACGCUCUACCUGGAAGGGGGGAUAUGGGGCCAGCUCUACAAUACAUUUCCCGCAAUAAUGAAAAUAUUACCUGGGCCACACCAAAAGAUUUUCUCCAACUUGAAUAAAGUCAUCGCUUUUGUGAAUUCAGAGGUCCAAAGGCACAGGCAGGACUGGGACCCAUCAGCCCCCAGAGAUUACAUUGACUGCUACCUCACAGAAAUCGAGAAGAGUAAAGAGGACCCUGCAGCAGGAUUCCAUGAGCAGAAUCUCAUUUUUUGCACUCUUGAUCUGUUUAUCGCUGGGACUGAAACAACAGCAACCACUCUCCGCUGGGCUCUCCUCUAUAUGAUUAAAUACCUGCAAAUACAGGAGAAUGUCCAGGCUGAGAUAGACAGAGUGAUUGGACAAGCACGGCAGCCUUCGAUGGAAGACAAGCCCAACAUGCCGUACACUGACGCAGUGAUUCAUGAAGUUCAGAGAAUGGGCAAUAUUAUUCCUCUGAAUGUUCCCAGGAUGAGCACUGAAGAUACUACGCUGGGAGGAUAUUUUCUUCCAAAGGGCACUCAAGUGUUUGCAGUUCUGUCCUCGGUGUUGUUUGACAAGAAUGAAUGGCAGACCCCAGACCCAUUUAAUCCAGGCCACUUCCUGGAUGCAGAGGGGAAGUUUGUGAAAGAAGCAUUCAUGCCAUUCUCAGCUGGUAAGAGGAUCUGUCUUGGAGAGCAGCUGGCUCGAAUGGAGUUGUUCCUGUUCUUCACUUCCUUUCUGCAGAAGUUCACCUUCUCAUCCCCUGAAGGAGUGGAGCCAAGCCUCCAUUUUAAAGCUGGAAGUACACUUUCUCCAACACCAUACAAGAUCUGUGCCAACCGUCGCUGAGAAAGAACAAGCCAUUGCAGUUUAAACGGAUUAAGCUGAAGUAACAAAUUCACACUACAAUCUAGACACAGGGAGGCUCGGCCACCCUGUAUAUUCAAAAUGAAUGUUAAGGAUAGUGAUUUAUCAUAAUAAAGCUGACCAACAAAUUUUAGAUUAAGGACAGUUUUAAAUGUUAAUGUUGUAGUGCUAAAAAUAAAAUGAUUGUUUUAAAUCAUGUGCAUAACCUCUAUCAAAUAAUUUAAUUCAAGGUUUUUUAAAUCAAAGGGUAUACUCGAUUGCCUUAUCUUGCCUGAAAUGUGUUGUGUUGUGUUUUUUUUUUUUUUUUUUUUUAAGGGAAGUUUUUGUACUUCAAACUCUUUCCAAAUCGCAGCAGUGCUAUUGAGUGUUCUUAUUUUUAUGGAGUGCCAUUUGGGCCAAAACUAUCCAGCCAUUAACUUGUCAAUUCAUGAAUUGGUCCAUUUGUCCAGCAAUUCGCCACGGAACAGGAAAAAUUACUUAUUUACAUAUUUGCUGGGUGGAGUGGACAGCUGGCGCAACUAAUCGGUGCCGAGCCUACAUGACGACAACACCCCACAUGUCAGACAGGGAGGUGCAUUGCCCGCACAGAAAGGCUGAGAGCUGAGAGGGCGUUCCCCUCAGCCUGGGUCUGCGAGGACACGGCCACACCCUUCUCGAUCUACGAGUCCACAAAACAAGAUCCUGCUGAAUGCAGUAGUAUAUUCUCACGUAAGGCAAGCGACGUGUGUGAAAAAAACAUGUCUGAGUUAACUGUACACAACAGGUGAGGGAAUACACAGUUCCAACCAGUGUACUAUCUGCAAAGGUACAUUAAUUUCUUAUGGGAAUGGAUGGAUGUCCGAACCCUUCUGAUUUUGUGUUUUUGCUGAUCGUGAAUUUGAUUAAACACCGCGUUCUGAAAAACUUCCCUCCUGGUCCUCUGGGUCUGCCAUUCUUGGAAAUCUUUUUAACAUCUACAUUAAACAGCCGCACCUGAGCAUAUGUACGGUAGUAAUUGGUCGGGUGCUUGAUUUGCAGUCUAUAAUUCUCGCCUCUUUCCCUUGGCUUGCCGAUCCCUUAUCUGUCACUUCCUGGCACACUGGCAAUGAACAACGAUUUGUAUGAGUAAAGCGUUGCAUACUGUGCAGUCUGCUUACCCAGGAACGUCAUUUAUCUUUGUGGUUUUCGAAUUGCUAAGUAUAGCUUCCUUUAAAGGAUCUUCAAUGUACAGUUUGCUCUAUUCUACUUUCAUUCCUGGUAUUCUGGAAAAUGACCAACAAUUUAUGCGUAGUUUAACAUAUCAUGCAUGCUGCUUAGGUAAUGCAUUUUUGCAUGUAUGGUUUGUAUGUUUUUAGAAUUGCUAAGAAAAGCAUUAAAACUACAUCUUCUUUUACAGGGUCUGUACAGUUUGCUCUUUUGUAUUUACUUUUACUUUCAUUAGGUUGCAGAAAAAUAUGGAGAUGUCUUCAGCAUCCAACUGAGAACAAACACGGUUGUUAUAAACGGCUACAAGCUAGUUAACGUGGAUAACUUUUUUUUUUUAGAUGUAUUCACUGUUAAUAUAUCUGAAUGCACAGAUAACAUGCGUUUCAAAUGUAUUGUAGCAACAUCUCAAUUCUCUUUAUUCAAUAAAUAACUCCCAGCAUUUAAUUUUGUGUCAUGUUAGCAGUCCGAAUGUACGUUUAAUCUAUGUCAAUUAUGAUCUCGCUGUUGUUUUUUUAAUUUGCUACCUGCUCCCUGUGAUUCUCUUGCUUAGGGCACUCAAGUGUUUGCGGUUCUGUCCUCGGUGCUGUUCAACAAGAAUGAAUGGCAGACCCCAGACGCAUUUAAUCCAGGCCACUUCCUGGAU